AUAAACUUGCGUUUUAAACUAUGCAUCGGGUCUCAUUCCCAAAUACAUCUUCAAAAUAAGUAAAAAAAAAAAUCCUUCAUUUGCUUUAAGGUAAAUUCAUGUUUGUUUUCAUUUUGAUUCAGGUCACUGCAGUGCUGAUAAAACUAAGUUCACAGUACCGCCCUUAAGAACAGUUUUGUUCACUUGUUACAUUUUCAUUUUUAUUUUAUUUUAUAUACCUGUGAGAAGUGUUUGCCUCAGUUCUGAUUCUCAGUUAAUAAUUCCUUUAAGAAAACGGGAGAUUAAACAUGCUUAGCGACGUCACAAUUCAUUCCAACCUUCGGAAGAAUAAAGAAAACUUUCUUUACAGCUUCUCUGAGACAGCAAUAGUAGCCAAGGGGCGGAGCUUAGAGAAGGGUCAGUUUACAAACAGGUGUAUUAGAGCAGGGCUGGGACUAAACUCUGCAGGAGCUGGACUGAGCACCGCGGUUCUUGUGGAUGUCAGAAACUUGUUUGAGUAUAUGUUUGACUGACCAGCAGGGGGCGCACUGGACUGCCUCUCAUCACUGCAGCUGUAUAGGUCGGGUAUAAGAGGCAGCUGUGUGCAUCUGACCUCGCUUUCUUGCGAGUGUCUCUGAGGGAUCAGCGCGCGAACAUGCUGUGGAAACUGGUGGAAAAUGUCAAGUAUGAAGAUAUAUACGAGGACCGCCAUGAUGGGGUACCGAGCCACAGUUCCAGACUGUCCCAGCUGGGUUCGGUCUCACAGGGUCCGUAUUCCAGCGCUCCGCCGCUCUCUCACACACCUUCCUCGGACUUCCAACCGCCGUACUUUCCGCCGCCGUACCAGCCGCUGCCGUAUCACCAGAGUCAGGACCCGUACUCACACGUCAGUGACCCCUACUCUCUGAACGCUCUUCACCAGUCCCAGCAGCACCCGUGGGGCUCCCGGCAGCGGCAGGACGUGGGCACGGAGAGCGGAGCUUUACUGCCGCAGCCUCGAGCCUCUUUACCGCAGCUCUCGGGUCUGGACCCCCGGCGGGACUACUCCACCGUGCGCCGACCAGACGUGCUGCUCCACUCCACGCAUCACGGACUCGAGGCGGGGAUGGGAGAUGGUCUGUCCCUUCAUGGCCUGGCGCACGGCAUGGAGGAUGUACAGGCUAUGGAGGACGCUAACAACGGGAUGAGCAUCCUGGAUCAGUCAGUCAUUAAAAAAGUUCCAGUUCCACACAAGAGCGUCGCUUCUCUGAUGAUGAACAAAGACGGUCUAAUCGGCGGGAUCGCCGUGAACGUCAACGAGGUCUUCUGCUCGGUUCCCGGCCGCCUGUCGCUUCUUAGCUCCACAUCCAAAUAUAAAGUGACGGUUGGCGAGGUCCAGCGGCGCCUCUCUCCGCCAGAGUGCCUCAACGCCUCUCUGCUCGGCGGGGUUCUACGGAGAGCGAAGUCGAAAAAUGGCGGUAGAUCACUGAGGGAAAAGCUGGAGAAAAUCGGCUUGAAUUUGCCCGCGGGGAGACGCAAAGCAGCGAAUGUCACUUUACUGACGUCUCUAGUAGAAGGAGAAGCUGUGCAUUUGGCUCGGGACUUUGGCUACAUUUGUGAAACUGAAUUUCCCACAAAGGCCGUGUCUGAAUAUCUGAACAGACAGCACACAGAUCCAAACGAACUGCACUCGCGAAAGAACAUGCUGCUCGCCACAAAGCAAUUGUGUAAGGAGUUCACGGACCUGUUGGCUCAAGAUCGCACUCCAUUAGGAAACUCUCGGCCUACGCCCAUCUUGGAGCCAGGAAUCCAGAGCUGCCUGUCACACUUUAGCUUCAUCACACACGGUUUUGGUUCUCCAGCCAUCUGCGCUGCUCUCACGGCUUUGCAGAAUUACCUGACUGAAGCCCUUAAAGGCCUCGACAAGAUGUUCCUGAACAACCCCACCCCCAAUCGACACACACCUGCAGACGGCUCCAAAGGAGCUGGAGAGAAAGAGGAAAAACACAGGAAAUGAACUGUGGAAAUACGAUAUCAAGGAAGUCGAGUCAUUGGAGAUGUUCAGAGAUUCUAUAAACUCUAGUUUUAUGACAUUGCGUUUUACAUUCUGGGUCGAAGGUGGUGAGUGGACAACAGAUCACGGGAAAACAAAAGGAACGAUACGAUAAAAGAGACUGGAGGACACGGGUCUGCUGUGACACUUUCACCAUCUUCAUCUCAUUCGUGUGCGAGUGUGAAAAUAUUCGAGGAGUGUUUGUGAGUGUGUUUUUGUGUAUCAAAGUAUGAUAUUUUACAUGAUGUUAGAUGCAGGCUGUCCUUUAUACACAUGCUCAUGAAUCUGAUGCCUAAUAUUUGAGUGUUCAUCAGUGUAAUGGCCAGCACACAGGAGGACAGGUUUGCUUGGGAUACUGGUGGAGACAUUUUUAACUACUAUAUUUAAUAAUACUUAUUAUAAUAUAGGUGCACAAUUCUGCAAUGUUAAGUACAUUCCAUGUAAUUUUCACCAAAACUACACCUACAGUAAAACAAUCAUCUUCUGUCCAUAAAAGUGGUUGUCAAUAAGAAAUUGGCUCCAUAUAGAUUUGAAAGAGACAGAAUAUUCAAAUAUAAGACAUUUUAUUGCAUUAAGUAAUACAUGCGGUACAAUGAAAUUGAGUGUUUGCCAAAAAGAGGCUGUAAAUGUGCAACUAUUUGUGCUGCAACAAGCAUCAUGCUAUUUACAUUACAGUCCAUCACAGUUGUUACAUCCAGUAUGAUUUAUGACAAAGGUUCACCAUCUGACAGGCCGUAAAAUACACAUAUACUUUACAUAAAUACAGCAAUUCAUUAGAAGUUAAAUUCUCAGUCUGAUUAUUCAUAUAAAGAUUACAAGCCAAGAUUUAAAACACUGAGAUUUAACAUAUUCUUUAAAACACCUUUGGCAAUAUUCAGAAGAGCUUGUCUACUAAAUGAACAGGGGGAUUUUGUAUUUUUGGUUGUAUUUCUUUGUAUUUGAAACUGCUAUUGCUUGUGUUGUCUUGGCCAUUUGGUUGUGAAAAUGUGAGGACAUUUUCAGAUAAGUUACUUUUGACAUGGCAAUCAUCUUAGCUGACCAACUGAAUCAACUAUUUCACUGAUAAUUCAUCUGUUGUUUAUGUAUUUUUUUAAAUAUAUGCUAACAUUUACACAGAGCUAAAUCAACAAAGAAAACACAUUUUAUGGCCUAAAUAUUGUUUAUUGGUUUUACAACCCUACAUCAGCUGAAUGGAAGCUUGCUUUGACCGAAAAAAAAAUAGACAUAAAAAGGGUCCCAGAUUUGUGCGCUUUCUUAUAGGCUGCAUAGAACUGAGGUGACCGCGCGUGCUGGAACACGGCCACGCGCAGCCUUUGCGCGCUCGUGAGUGCGCACUUUCUCAGUUCCGCAAACUGGAUUAUAGCCUGUCUGUCAAAGUUAAUACUUGGUUAACUGUGUGAGGAAGGUUCUUUUAUUUAUGUUUGUAUAUAUUUAUUUAUGCUUAAUUUAAUGGGCGUUUGUACAUAGGAAUAGACUGGGUCGUCUAUCUGUGACUGUCUCUGUGCGUGGGUGAACGCUUGUUUUAGAUAGCAUCUUGUAUUUUUUGUUUCAUAGGUACGGUGUUAUGUGGUGAAGGCUAGAAGUUGGUUCUUGUCUGGUGAUUUUCAUUUACCUCGAAAUAAGAAUAAAUAGUGUGUUUUAUUGUA